AUGCCAGAACGCUAUUUGAAAAAUACUUUAACACUUCCUAAUAUUAACGAUUGCGACCCUGCAAAAAUCGACAAAUUUAUUAGAUACGGUGUUGAAAAAAUUCUUUCUAAAUUUCCAGCCACUUAUGAUAGUCGUUACUAUGAUGUGUUUGUUGCUUCUUUAUCUGCAGUCCAAAAUAGUUCUCCAAAACACGUAGGAUUUAUAGGUAGCCAUAUAGGACCACUGGCCUUGGCCGUUGUAGUUUAUGAAACCAUUGAAAAAAACACUCCUGAAUCCUUGAAAUAUCUUGACACUAUUCUUGAUAAAUAUCAUUCAUUAUCGUUACAGGAAGAUUCAAAUGAAUUACUAUAUGGUCGAGCUGGGUAUCUUUAUGCUUUGAUUUUCAUUCGAAAAUAUUGUAAAGAUAACGAGGAAAUUAUGUCAAGAAUUAGAAAUGAUAAAUUAAAAGAAAUUAUCAAGCUAAUCAUUAAAGAUGGCAGAGAUGGUGCAAAACGAAUUACAGAUUUGAUGACUAUUAAUGAUAACGUUACGAAACCUGCCUUAAUGUGGAGUUGGCAUAAUUCAGAAUAUAUUGGUGCCAUACAUGGUGUUGCCGGAAUCAUCACUACCAUCCUCCAAUGUGGUGAAUUAGCUCUCCCUUACAUGGAUGAAUUAUUUCAAACAAUUGAAUGGCUUAUAGGAAUAGUUCAAAUGGAUAAAAACUAUCCUGCACGCAUACAAUCAACUCACGAUGACCUUAUUCAGUAA